GAACUUUGUUAUUUAUUCAAAUAUAUCGGCCUCCAGUCACUCAGUUGUGGACAACAGCCCUACAAACAAAGUUUUAUACGCCAUGGGUUUCUCUGAUUCGUCCAUAUUGUUGAAGAUAGCCCUUGUUAUAUUGGGUCUUGCGUCAAUAUUGCAAAUAGUAGGAUUAGCGACUCCAAACUGGAGUUCCGCCCUUACUCCCGCUGGUGAUGCGAGCAUAUCAUCGUCAUUCGGACUGUGGAAGUUUUGUUUUUCAGCACUCGGAAAAAGUGAUUGUGAUAGCUACCCAGAUGCGGAAGAUUGGUUGAAAAUAUGUCGGGCAUUUGCAGUCAUUGGCGUUUUGGCUGUCAUUGGUGCGACUGUCCUGGAAGUAUUAUGCACGUUAGCUCUUUCGAAGGCCACGCAUAAGAUCGUCUUCAUUCUUGCAACAUUGGCAGCGUUCGUUGGAGCUGCAAGUAUCAUCCUAGCCGCCAUCAUUUGGGGUGCAAAGACAUCCGAUUUGGGAACCGGAAUAACACUUGAUUGGUCGUUCGCCCUUUCUAUCCUUGCUGGUGUUCUGGCCGGAAUAGGUGGACUGUUGGUCGCACUUGACAUUUGUAAGGGCUAACUCUGAACCUGGCUGUUUAUCCAUAACAUCACUUUUGGAAAAAGCUUUUUGGGAAAUGUUCUUUUGUCACAAUGACAGACUACGAUGCGGUUUUAGCAGGAUUUUUAUAUUUACAUCGUCUUCAACAUGGCUAGCACAAUUCUACUUCACCAGUUAUGUGUGUUAUGCGUACUUAGAACCUAAUGAGUAUUACGUGUUGCGUUCUAUUGACUUUAUAUUAACGUAGGGAAAACCGUUGCACAUUUAAUAUACCAGAACAAUUGUUAAAGUCACUUGCAUUUAAAAUGAAAAUAAAAAGCUUUGAUAUUUUAUGAUUUUUAGAGCAGAAUCUCUCUGAUCAUCAUCGCUUUUAACAUUGAUCAAAUCGCAAUUUCUUGCGACUUUAUACAAUAGUUUAGGCCAUACUUCGAACAAUGUAAAACACAAAUUAUACGAAUCACUUUUUUGAUAGAAUAAAAUUAUAUACGGUAUGGCGUGUAAAAAAUGAAAUAUGUGAUUGUUGUUGCUACAUAAAAUAUGUUAUUGAUUUACAAUGCAGCAUCGUAUGUCUAUAAUUAUAUUUGAUACUGUCUUAUUGUUACAAAUAUUCACUUAAUGCAUCAUUUGUUCAAUAAAAUGUUACAAAUCCUA